CGCUAGUCGAAAAAAAAAAUUGGACCAUCGCAGGUCGACCGCGCGCGUUGUUGCUGGAAAUAAUUAAUUGAAAGCGAGAACGGGUAAAUAACUUUUUGUAAAUGAUCAAAGCGUGAACCGCCGUACAGCCAAUUCAAAUCGGUUUCGGUGUGGCAGUUGAAUCUGCAAGUGGAAUACCUGCAACAGUUCUAACGGCGUGUGAGUGAGGGAGAUAGCGUGUGUGAGCAUAAAAUCUCGGCAAUAACAAAAAACAUACAUAUGCUUGUGGCUACGAUUAAAACGCCAGCGAGCCUUUGUUUAAUGCGCCUGAUAAGUGAACAAAUCGCGGUUUUAGAACAAAAUUGAGCGGCAGCAAACAAAAUAGCAACAAAUACCCCCGCCCCCCGUCAAAAAUCACGCAUUACGUGCACUCCACUGUUGUUGUCAAUGAGCCCACGGUUGUGUGGGUGAGACCGUGUGUGUGUGAGCUUGCCGCCACCGCAAUUGAGGAAAAAUACACCAACACCAGUGCGGCAAAUAAAAAUAAGCUAAGCGUGUGUGCGUGCGCGUGUCGGUGAGAGAGCAGUGACGUCGACGUCGGCAGCAUCGAAUAGAAUCGAACGUGUUAAAGUGACGAAUAAACAAGCGGGAAUCGGGAAUCCGAAAUCAUCAUCAUCGCAACAGAUAGACAAACAGAACCCAACAACAGACAGCCAAACAUUUGUACAUUUCCUUCGCACAUAUAUGCAUAAGUAUACAAUUCGACGUACGUAAUAGUUUGCCGCCGCAGACAUUAAGGCUCUGUUCUGUCUCUGUUUCUUUCGCUGUCUCUGUCCCGCUCUUGCCUGCUUGUUUACACGAACGCCCACCACCCAGGUCCACCGCCCCCCGCCCACCGUUCGCCGAUUGCCAGCACUUUGAAUAGGCAUCAUGCUAGAGUUCGCAGAGUGCCUGGCUGGCGGUCGAAGCUUUCCAACACUGGCGGGCGCCGAGUGACAUUCGCAGGAAAUAACGGCGCUUUCUUAAUGCCGCUUGGAAAUCAACGAAUUUAACAAAAGCCGCAAAAUGCACGUUUUGGCCAUAAAAGGCCCACAAUCGAGGGAGUCGAACGAUGAUAGCGCCCUGCUCGUUUGCGAUCAUCGAAUAUGCAACAUGAAAACAAGUAGGAGCAACUGCAACGAACUAACGAGCUAUGGCAAUGGCAAAUUUUUAAUGUCAUGGCGACGACGCCGGCGACGCAACAACAAUGCAACAGCAGCAGCACGUCGCAAUAAUGAUAAUUGCAAUUAUACUACAACCAAUGAUUUCAAUAAAGUCAAUAAAUUGCUGCUAAUUACGUACAUGCUGCUGAUAACAGCGGCCACAAUUUGUCAAAGCGCCGCCCAGUCGCCGUCGUCUUCAUCGACAUCAAACGGAGGAGGAGGAGGCGCUGGAGGAUCCAAUGGGGGAUCCCCCUUGAGCGCCUUCCUCAAGUCCGGUGGCGCCUCCUACAAUCAGCAACUGCCGCAGCAGCAACUCUUUGCCAUGCUUACCCGAAACGGAGGGUCCUCGGGAUCGGGAUCAGGAUCGAAUGGGAACAGCCGAGGUGGCUACACCAACGCCAGGCAGCACUUUAUGGCCCUCAGUGAAGAUGACUCGGAUGCAGAGGUGGACGAGGAGGACAUGGCUGCACUGCAUUAUCCACUGGCCGCCUCACAUCCUCCGGUUCAAGCCUCCUCCAUUUCCAUCCAAUCGGGAUCACUGGAGACGAACGGGUUCGUUUCCGAUGACGGUGGACAGUACGAGCAGGCCCAAAAGGCUCUCGAGGCAGCUGCCGCCGCAGCCAAAGCCAACAACAAGUACAACAUCGACUGCCCCAAGGACUGCAAGUGCCUCAAUGUCAUCUUCGACUGCGACAAACUGCAUCUGGAGCGGGUGCCCGUCUUGCCCAGCUACGUGCAAACUCUGCAUCUGGCUAACAACAAACUGAACGACACAACCGUCCUGGAGAUACGCAAUCUGUUCAAUUUGACAAAAGUGUCCUUGAAGCGAAAUUUAUUGGAGGUGAUACCCAAAUUUACAGGUCUCAGUGGUCUAAAGCAUUUGGUUUUAGCCAACAAUCACAUCACCAGUAUUUCCAGCGAGGCCUUGGCAGCUCUGCCCUUGCUAAGAACACUAGAUCUGUCCAGAAAUCAGUUGCACACCAUCGAGGCUAACUCGUUUCCAAAGCCCAACAGUCUGGUUCAUCUAAUACUCAGCUUCAAUGAUAUUGAGAAUGUAAACGAGCACGCUUUCGCGACUUUGAAUAAUCUUACCGAUCUGGAACUUAAUAACAAUCGGCUCAGCACUCUUCCCAUUUGGGUGUUCAAGAACUUAAGCCGACUGAAGAAGCUAGCUCUGAACUUUAACCAACUGGAGAUAAACUGGUCAACUUUUCGUGGCCUGAUAUCGAUGAAAAAUCUUCAGCUGAAGUCCAACAAAAUCAAGGCGCUGCAGGACGGCGUCUUUCAUGUGAUGCAUAACAUCGAAACGAUUGAUCUUGCCAUGAACCAGAUCAGUUCGCUUUCCCGACAGGGUCUCUUCAACCUGACCAAGCUGCGGCACCUCAACCUGUCAUUCAACGCCAUAUCGCGCAUCGAAGUUGACACCUGGGAGUUCACGCAGUCGUUGGAACUGUUAGAUCUUUCGAACAACGCCAUUAGCGAGUUUAAGCCCCAACACUUGGACUGUCUGCAUCGCCUGAAAACGCUCAAUCUGGCUCACAACAAACUGCAAUAUCUGCAGGAGAAUACCUUCGACUGUGUGAAGAAUCUGGAGGAGUUGAAUUUGCGGCGCAAUCGCCUUUCCUGGAUAAUCGAGGACCAGAGUGCAGCAGCUCCGUUUAAAUCUCUGCGCAAGCUGCGACGCUUGGAUUUGCACGGCAACAAUCUGAAGCAGAUCAGCAGCAAGGCGAUCACUGGUCUAAACAACCUGGAGAUACUCAACCUCGGAUCGAAUGCUCUGGCCAGCAUUCAGCCCUACGCCUUUGACCAUAUGCUGCGCCUGAACAAGUUGGUGUUCAAAUCGCUCAACUUCAUCUGCGACUGCGAAUUGGUCUGGUUUCAAAAGUGGCUAAAGGAACGCUUCCCUCAGCAGGCCGAACAUGCUGUUUGCGGCUAUCCGGAGCAUCUACUCGAUCGCCAUCUUAAAUCCCUGGGCGCUUCGGAGCUGGUGUGCGGAGACUCCCCUAAACCGAAACUGGAACAGGAACCAGACAACAUGCUCGCCGUAAAUGGAGCCAACAUCACGCUAGAGUGCAUCGCCAGUUCUCCCACAGCUGCUUCUCUCGCCGCCGCCGAUGAACUGAAGAUCAAGUGGCGCCACGACAACCAGCACGUCCAAGAGCUUCCGGGCGCACUGCACGAUGGUUCCAGCACGGAGACGCAGAUCCACCACGAGCUGAACACCAAUCAGACUUCCAUCUACGGUUAUCUGAAGCUCACGAAUGUUACCUAUGAAAGCGCGGGUCGCUAUCAGUGCGUGGUAUCGAAUGCCUUUGGAACAACAUAUGCGCAGAAGUUCAAGAUAUCCAUAGGAAUUCAUCCCACCUUUCAGCAAGUGCCAUCCAAUCUCACUGUGGAUGCAGGUGAAACGGCUCGAUUGGUUUGCUCGGCCAGCGGUGAUCCCACGCCGGAAAUAGCUUUACAGAAGUUCGGGGGUAGUGAAUUUCCGGCAGCCACCGAGCGCCGACUACAGGUGAUCCGCGAGGAGAACGCCUUCCUGAUUACCAACGCCAAGCCAAGCGAUUCUGGCAUCUACACAUGCACAGCGUUGAGCGCCGCGGGAGAAAUAAAGGUCAAUGCCACGCUGGUGGUGAACGACAAACCACAGCCCAGCAUUCCCUUGGUGCACCAGGAAGUGGUUGUUGGACGAGCAUGUGUGUUGCAGUGCCUUAGUGAAACGGCUAAUGCCGACUUUGAGCUGGAGCAUCCGCAUCGCGAGUGGUUCAAGGAGAACAAGCCUAUACACAUUUCACCAACGGCGCCAGACGGGGAUCGCUACUAUUUCUCGAACAACAAGGAGCUGCUGGUUAUCCUGAAUGCCCAGUCCAACGAUGCCGGGCAUUUCCGCUGCGAGAUAACGGACAACUCGCGGACCUUUACGCUGCAAUCGGAUCUAGUCGUGGUUAAGGAGAAUCUCAACUGGGAUGUCCUGCUGGUCGGCAUAAUUCUUCUGACAGUUGUUUGUGUGAUGGUGGACUGCUGCAUCAUUUGGUGCACGCUGCGCUAUCAGAAGAGGAAGCUGCGAAUGAGCCUCGCGGCCGAAAGGUUGGCUGCUCGCACUCAAGCCAGUCUGCAUUCCACGCUGGACAAGGACCAGACGCAGCUGACCACGCUGAAUCGCACGCAGUUGAGGCCGCAUCAGUCUCAGCUUGUCCUGGAUGGGAGUGCAACUCAACAACAGCAGAAAGGACAGUUAAGGCCACGUAGCUUGGCAGAUCUAGGCUGUAGUAAUGGCGAGGCGACACACAGUCGCCUGAUUGUGACCACAACUCCCUCCUACGAGCAGCGCUGCCUGGAGCAGGGCUUGACACUGAGCUAUCUGCAGCAGACGGAUCUGGAGGCCCAGCAGGAUCAUCUGUCCAGCAAGGACUCGGGCACCGGCUCCGAUGCGGCCGUGAAGCGCAGCCUGGAGGACUUUGUGGUGGCCAUGCCAAGGCAUAAGCAUCACACGGACGACGAGGAGGAGGAUGAAGACAACGACCUGCAGUACGCGCCCACAAGAGCGCUGGGCGUCUCCGAGUACGACGACAUGGAGCUGUAUGAGCUGAAUUGCGCUGCAGCCGAGCAGCAGCACUUUCUGCAGAACAACAAUCACAACUACGACGGUGGCGGGGGUGGCGGCGAUGUUGGUGGUGCGACUGGAACGGCACCGAAAGUGAUGCCACGCAAAUGCAGCGCCGGUGCCAGCGGCAGCAACUAUAACUCCAUCCAAAAGUGCACGACAGUGGACAUUUGAAGCGGAAGCUACACCAAAUGAGCAGAGGAUGAUCAGGAUCAUAUACCAAAAAAAAAAACCGGCGGUUGCCCCGUAGCCCCAACCGCAACCCGCCCCCAAAACGAACAAAGACUGUUUAACUCUUAAUUAUAAUUUGUAGACGGCGGCCCAGACUCUUUUGGCUGGUCACGACCGCAGAGCAGGCGGCCUUAUCGCGAUGCCUUUGCUAAGGGAAGUAGAACGGCUAGAGAAACAUACCAGUGUCUUCGUAAUUUAUGAAAUGAAUCGUUAGAAUUGAUUUUUAUAACUUCUAAUACCUAAUACUUGAUAAUCCGUGUAGUAUAUUUAUAAUUUUCUUUCGCUUGUGAUAUUAUUUAUUAUUUUGAUUGCCCGAGUUUUAGGAGUAACAUAUUCACCUCUGUAUAUAUCACUUAGUAUUUAAUUGUAGUUCGUACCUAGGUUGGUAAGACGAAAAACACUCGAUGAUCAAAUGGUUGCCAGGAAAUCGGCUAUGACAACUCCAAAUGAGUGGGAGUGUACAUUUCAUGGAUAUUUUGCAGUUAUUCUUUUGCGUUUAAAAAUAUUGAGUUUGAAUUUGAAAUUAAUUUGCCUUAUUAUUGGCUUUGACAAAAUAUAAACGAAACCAUAUGAAAAUAUUUAAUAAAAUGAUGCAUUAUUCCAGCAAAUAUACUUGA